AUGGACACCCAGUCCACAAUGCCGUGGGUGGGAAUCGGAAGCCAAAGCUCCCCAGAACCGAAGGAGAGGCAGGUGCUGCUACUUGCGGACCUACUUCAACUUGACAAGGAUGAGCUCGGGCAAGCAUUGUUUUUCCCCACGGACAAAUGGCAUCUGGGACCAGGGGCAGCUAGCUUCCGGGAGUACAUUCUCAACGACCUGGUGGAUGACUUUGCUGAGCCGAUGGUGGACACAGCAGAUGGGCGCAAUGUGGAGGCCUUGAUGCAGGUGUACAACAUAACUGUUGAACUGGUCAGGGAAGCCAAGAAAGCAGCUGCUGUGCAGGAUGAGUUCCUGUCGAAAGGGUAUGCUUCAGUCAAAAGCACAGCCGAGAAAUCGGUGCAGAAGGUGCUCCAAGCUGCAGCAGCAGAGGCUGACAAAGAAAAGGCGCAGCGCAAGCAAGUAAUGGCUGAGCGAUGGCUUUCAAGGGAGAUGGAGGCAUUGAACCUGAGGCGUGAUACUGUGACCGUUCAGGCUGCAAAAGCUGCUUCGUAUGCAGCUGCCAAAGUUCAUGCCCUGAUCGGGCACUUGAGGACGACAGGUAUGCUGUCCCAGGUUUUCUUUGAGUCUAUGGAGUCCUGGCAGGAGAUGGAUUCGACGGUUUCCUUGGCUCAGCAUGUCAAGCAUGCAGAGCUGCCUGUUUCUGGAGAGAAUAUCCCGGAGACGAUUCCCGAGGUGGAAGAGACAUUACAAGAGCAACCGUUUCCGGAGGGCAACGAUGGACAGCGAGCCGAUGAUGUUAUGAGUCCACCCCAGCAGAGCAAUGGGCAACCAGCUGAGGCAGUGGCACAGGUCAAUGGGCAACCAGCUGACUCAGUGCAGAAUCCACCACAGCAGGGCAAUGGAUCACAGCAGCCACCACAGCAGGGCAAUGGACAACCAGCCGAGGCAUUGCAGAAUCCACCGCAGCAGGGCAAGGUGCAACCAGCUGAGGCAGUGCAGAAUCCACCACAGCAGGGCAAUGGACAACCAGCCGAGGCAUUGCAGAAUCCACCACAGCAGGGCAAUGGGCAACCAGCUGACUCAGUGCAGAAUCCACCACAGCAGGGCAAUGGAUCACAGCAGCCACCACAGCAGGGCAAUGGACAACCAGCCGAGGCAUUGCAGAAUCCACCGCAGCAGGGCAAGGUGCAACCAGCUGAGGCAGUGCAGAAUCCACCACAGCAGGGCAAUGGACAACCAGCCGAGGCAUUGCAGAAUCCACCACAGCAGGGCAAUGGGCAACCAGCUGACUCAGUGCAGAAUCCACCACAGCAGGGCAAUGGAUCACAGCAGCCACCACAGCAGGGCAAUGGACAACCAGCCGAGGCAUUGCAGAAUCCACCACAGCAGGGCAAUGGGCAACCAGCUGACUCAGUGCAGAAUCCACCACAGCAGGGCAAUGGAUCACAGCAGCCACCACAGCAGGGCAAUGGACAACCAGCCGAGGCAUUGCAGAAUCCACCACAGCAGGGCAACGGACAGCCAGCCGAGGCAUUGCAGAAUCCACCGCAGCAGGGCAAUGGAUCACAGCAGCCACCACAGCAGGGCAAUGGGCAACCAGCGGAGGCAUUGCAGAAUCCACCACAGCAGGGCAAUGGGCAACCAGCUGACUCAGUGCAGAAUCCACCACAGCAGGGCAAUGGAUCACAGCAGCCACCACAGCAGGGCAAUGGGCAACCAGCGGAGGCAGUGCAGAAUCCACCACAGCAGGGCAAUGUGCAACCAAAGGCAGUGCAGAAUCCACCACAGCAGGGCAAUGGAUCACAGCAGCCACCACAGCAGGGCAAGGGCAAUGGGCAACCAGCUGAGAAUCCACCACAGCAGGGCAAUCAGCAGCAAGCCGAUGCAGUACAGAGUCAGAGCAACAGUGCAGGUGCUGUCCAGGUGCAGUGCUCAGUCGUUUGGAUUGUGGUUAAUGUGGCGUCGUUUGGAGUGCCUACCCAAGCUAUCGACUGUGAUGAGAUCGAUGAUGAUGAACUGGUGAGCCAACUGGCAAUGCUGGCCAUGAAGCAGGAGCCCGAGGAUCAAUCGUUCACCAAGGUGGAGGCCAAGAGUCCUGACAGGAACGGGGGCUCAAGUAUCGGGGCGGCUGGGGCAGUUGACCUUUGUUCAGAUGACCCCUACUUGGAUGCAGUCGACCUUGGUUCGGGUGACCCCUCUUUGGAUGCCGGAGUGCAAGCAAAAGCUGCUGUGGAUAGUGCAUUGCGGAGACUGGCAACGGGUGACAUCGAGGUCCAAAAGCAGAUUGAGAAGCAGCCAGCGCCAGCCGUGAAUCAGCAGCAGAUCGCAGCAUCUGAGCUUGAUGGAGAGGAGCUGGAUGAACAGGAUGAUGAGGAGGUUUGGACCAGCAGCAGCCUGGCGCAAAACUCGUCAUCAACUGAAAGAUCCAAGCUAGCAGGAGGCCGCAGCUACAAGAUGUUCAAAGACAUUGUGAAGGAACACGGACAAACCGACGCCGAGGGUCUACGCGAGGACAAGAAGGAGAAACAAUCUACAUUGGGUGACUUCCAACCGGGGGUGCCAUUCUGGUAUCCGCAUCCGGCUCACGAAUUGUUCCUCUGUUUCGAUGGCGCUACUCUUUCGACAUUGAACGAGAAUUCCGUGCACACUGAGGAGAGUGUGGCUGUGAAUCUGGACAGUGGAUUGACCCGUGAUCUGAGGUCCGGUCUGCAGCCGACUGUCUCGGAUCCCACCGGAUGUGGAAGGUCCUUGCAGCCAGCACUCAGCUCCGAUAGCCUUGGUGGAACACCCGGUGGCAAAGGCAAAGGAAAGACCAAGACGAACCCCAAGGGCAAUACCGAACCCAACAAAGCGAAGAAGGCCCCCAACUACGCUGGCAAAGCCAACGGGAAGGUGAAGCUGGGCCGAACUACCUUGACCGAUGCCAAGUAUUGGAUAAGGACGAUCCACGAUGACCAGAAGAUCCCGGACCCCAGCAAGCGCAAAGUGUCCGGUGAUUUGGCCAAAGGCUACAUUUCCCAGAUCCACCUGUACCAGAGCCCGAUGGAAAAAGCAACGGAAGCCUUGGAUUGGAAACUGGUUGAAGGUGUAAAGGACGAGGCCACGUUAGCCCCGCUCGUGACUACCCUCGACACUGCUGUGGAAAACUAUGGCAAUGCUAUCCGCCCAAUCAAGGCACUCUUCGUUGCCCAGCUGCAUAAUUGCCUUCGGCCGUGGUUUUCGUUUGAUUCCCACUAG